AGAAAACAAAGUAUCCUAUUUAUCUUCUUCUGAGCAAUGUGAAGAAAAAGGGCCUAUCACCUUCGAAGCCAGACCCGAUCCAGAAUUAAUUAUCAAAUCCGUCUUAGAGCAUUUCACAUACUUGAAAUUCCGAAAUAGUUUCAGAGGGAUUGAUAAUUAUAAUUUUGCAUCACCUCAGCCGUUGAGCUCACCAUGCCCUGCAACACUUCAAGCAAUAAACUCAAGUUCGCGAUUGUGGCUUAGACCGGAGGAAUUAUGAAGAAAAAAUAUUCGUAUAUUAUUUCGUUUCUUUUUUUUCGAAUCUCGUGGGUGGCUUAUGCAAAAGAAACUGGAAUCGGAUGCGCAGUUGAUAUUGGGAAAAUUCUUGCCGAGAUUUUUCUGAGUACGUCAUUGAAAUUAAAGUUUAUCAUAUGAUUAACCGGUAGAUCCCGCUUCUAUUGGUUGGAAGUGUGAAGAGUCUUCACGAUUAUCAUAUGACAUAGCAUGUAUCGUGGAUACGUCUCCUUUGCCUCAAGCUAGAAUAGAGAAAUAUCGUUCGAAAAAAUAAUCGUGUAUAAUAGUCUACAAUCAUAGAAUGGCAUCAUAUACCCAGGGCUAGUCCCGCACCAUGUAAUUUAUCUCAGCUCAAUGUAUUGCAAAUAAAAAACGUUUAGGGCACUAACGGAAAUCUGGAUCGGCAAA